AUGGCAAUUCAUCAAGAACAUGUUCAUGAAAUUGGAGAUGAAAUUGAAGGGUGUGAUAGCUCACCAAGUGAAGGUAUAUUUCAUUUUGUUCAAGAUGAUAAUAUGAUUGAUACAUUUGCUACUUAUCUUAAUGUUGAGAAUUUACCCUUAAAAUCAUGUGAAAGUGACAAUUAUGAGAAGUUUGUUAGAACAACAUUACAAUCUGAUUAUAGAAAAAUUCCUUUAGGUACAUUUAUAGAUUCAAUAGUUGUUGCAUAUGGUAUGAAGAAAAAAGCUCUUAGAGAUUAUUUCCUUGAUUUUAAUGGUCAUGUUGCAAUUACUGUUAAUUUGUGGAAUUCUGAAUCUGGGGAACGUUUUAUUUGUGUUACUUGUCAUUGGAUUGAUGAGAAUUGGGGUAUGCAAAUUCGGGUUAUCGGGUUUCGAAUUAUUGGAGAUGAUGCUACUAAUGUUGAUAUUUGUAAUGUGAUUAUCAAUGUGUUGAAUGUGUUCAAUUUGAGGGAAAAAGUUUUUUGUAUCUCACUUGGUAAUGAUUUUGAGCAUGAUGAAUGUAUUAGGGUUUUGACUAACAAGUUGAAACCUGUUUUUAGAGAGCUUUUUAUGCAUGACAGGCAUUGUGGUUUUGUUACUAAUUUAUGUGCUCAACAAGGUAUGGAGCAAUUAGAGGUGUUGAUCAAUCCAAUUAACAAGCUAAUUAGAUGGACUCGAGUGUCGUUUCGCGAUUUAAAACCUGUUUAUGUAUCUAUGUGCAAGGAGGUUGGAUUAAAACCUAGAUAUUUUCCUUUAGAUUGUGCAACAAGUUGGAAUUCUAGCUAUGAGAUGUUGUGUCAUAUUUUUCCAUACAGAGAAAUAUUGACUAAACUUUAUAAUGAUAAUGUGGAUGAAUGUUUUGAUUUUCAAUGGGAUAAAAUUGAUUUAGUAAUUAAGUUAUUUGAAAAGUUUAGCAAUGCAAAUCAUACCUUUUCACUGUGUUAUGAACCUAGUUGUCAUCUAGUUAUUCAAGAAUGUGUAAAAAUUGUUCAUGUAUUGAAAACAUACGAGAACGAUCCUCUUUUGGGUUUGGUUGUUCGGAACAUGAGAAACAAAUGGUUAGAGUAUAUGUUUGAUAUUCCUGAAGUUUAUUGUAUUGCUAUGAUACUUGAUCCUCAUGUUAAAUUAGAGGGUUUAUCAAGUUUGCUAGAAUAUUAUUAUGAAACUUUAGGAGUUAAUUCUUGUGUUGAAGAGAAAAUUUCAGGGUGUAAAGACAUUCUUAAUGGACUUUAUACUCAUUAUGCUUCCAUUUAUAAAUGCAAAACUAUAACCACGCAACCCAUUUAUGAAUCCCAAAUGACGAUCCUUGAAAAACUGAAGGAAAUGAACCGUUCAUCCCAUGGAUCAGAAUCGAUUGUGAACGUUUCAGAGAGAGCUAGAGCUGGUGGUGAAGGGAGUAGUAGUGAAUUAAAUGAAUAUUUAUCUUUUGAACAUGUUAUCUAUGAAGAUUUUGAUAUCCUCCAAUGGUGGCAGAAAAGAGAGGAGCUCUUUCCAAUUUUAUCUAAAGUAGCAAAAGAUAUCUUAUGUAUACCAAUAUCAAUAGUUGCACUCGAGUCUGCUUUUAGUACAGGUGUAGGUGAAAGGGUUCUCGUUGAGCAGUGGUCGACUUUAUGGCCAAGCGAAAUGGAAGCUUGUAUCUGCAAAAGGGAUUGGGAUAUGGCUGAAAAAGGUGCACAACGUUUACACCAUCGACAAAUCGAGGAUGAUGAUCCAUGGAUGAUGAUGGACACAUCAGAUUCAGAUUCAGAAGAGUUCAUGUAUGCAUAA